AUGGCGGCGACCUCUGAGGACAGAGAGCCGGUGACCUCUGAGGACAGAGAGCCGGUGACCUCUGAGGACAGAGAGCCGGUGACCUCUGAGGACAGAGAGCCAGUGACCUCUGAGGACAGAGAGCCAGGCCCCCGCCAGCAUUCCCAAAGGCUGUCAUCCUCACCCUUGAGGCUCUUGGGCAAGAUCCCGGUCAAGACCCAGAACUUCAUCGUUCAGACCAAGAGGACAGAAAGCAUUUUGCUCCAGAUCGCCUUCUCCCUCGGGCUGGGCAGCAUGUGGCGCUUCCCGUACCUCUGCCACCGGAACGGAGGUGACUUCAUCCUCAUCUACUUCUUCCUGCUCUGCCUGCUCGGGGUCCCCCUCCUGUACAUGGAGAUGGUCAUGGGGCAGUGGCUGCGGAUCGACAGCAUCCAGAUCUGGAGUCAUCUGGUGCCCCUGAUGGGAGGCCUGGGCUAUGCGAGCAUGCUGGUGUGCGUCAUGGUGAGCGUGUACAACAGCAUCAUCAUCACCUGGUGCUUCUACUACCUCACCAACUCCUUCCACCACCCGCUGCCCUGGACCCGCUGCCCGCUGCUCCACACCAACCUCACCGGCCUGUCCUGCCUGCGCACCGUGUCCGAGCAGCAGUUCUGGUACGAGGUGGUCCUCAACGCCACGGCCCACAUCCAGGAGGGGGACGAGCACCUCAUCCUGCAUCUCACCCUGGGCACCUUGGCCACGUGGUGCCUCCUCUUCGUCAUCCUCGUCUCAGGCCUGAAGCUGUCCACGCCGUUCCUGGUCUUCACGGUCUUCCUCCCCUCCUUCUUCAUCGGCCUCCUCAUCCGCUGCCUCUUCCUGGAAGGCGCGGCCGCCAGCCUCAAACGCAUGGUCACGUUGGAGCACACGUCCUGGGCCUCGCUGGACCUGUGGCACCAGGCGGGGGGCCACGUGCUCUACUCGCUGGGCCUGGGCCUGGGCACCACCAUCAACAUCUCCUCCUCCAAGGCCGGCAGCAACAGCUCCGUGGUGGGCGUCCUGUGCAUGACCGUCGUCCACCUGGCGGCCUCGCUGGUGGCCACGGCCAUCGUCUUCGCGGUGGCGGGUCACUGGGUGGGCACCAGCGGCCCCGCCUGCAUCGAGAAGAGCAUCCUCGCGGUGAAUAAACUAAUAAAAAGGGGGCUGCUGCCCCAGGACGUGAGCCCGCCCCCGGGCGUCCUGGCCCCGCUGGACUACCUCACGUGGGUCAGCAGCCUCCCCAAGCACCUCCAGUUCCAGGUCAUCCAGGCCUCCCCGUCCUGCAGCAUCGAGGUCCUGAGCAGAGAGUUCUCGCAGGGCCCUGGCCUGGCGUUCCCAGCCUUCUCCGAAGCCGUCGCCAUGCUGCCUGGCGCCCCGUUCUGGGCCUUCGUCCUCUUCCUGACGCUGGCCGUGAUCCAGCUGACCACCUUGGUCAAGGUCGUGGAGAGCAUCGUCUUUCCCCUCCACAGCGUCAUCUCCUCCUUAAAGAGGCUGCCCGUGAUGUUCCCAGGUACCUUGGGUCCCGCUGCCUCCCCUCCCGACCUCCAGGGCUGGCCCGGGCCCCGGCCCCGGCCCCGCCCGGUGACCUCAGCGGCCACACGCCUCUGCCUCUGCCUAGCGGCCGUCUGCCUGGGCGGGUUCCUGGGCAGCCUGGUCUUCACCAGCAAGGCCGGCAGCUACAUCAUGUCUCUGUUGGACGAGACGCUGGUCCCGCUGACCCUCAUCGUCAUCGUGGUUCUGCAGAACAUGACCCUGGCCUGGAUCUACGGAGCUUCCAGGUUCCGGGAGGAGAUGUACGGCGACCUGGGCCGCUUGCUGUGGUCCUCCUGCCCCUUUCUGUGGUGCUACGUGACCAUGCCCGCGCUGCUGGUCCUCCUGGCCUUCGGCCUCAUCCGCCUCUACGGCAAGGUGCCCCCCUCCUACAUCGCCUGGAACAGCAGCACCGGCCGGGAAAUGGAGCAGCCCUACCUGCCGAGCGCCCUGGUCUGGAUCACCUUCCUCGGCGUCCUCGUCCUGCUGCCCAUCCCCAUCUACCCGCUCCAGCACUGGUGGCACCUGCAGGACCGCAUCGCCAGCCACCCCUUCGAGAAGCUCCUGGCCAAGAAGUCCGCCCGGCCCUCCGACUGGCCCAAGUUCCCGCCGGCGGCCAAGCCCACCUUCCGGGAGAGGAGCGAGAACUCGGUGGUGAUGAGGCCCAGCGCGCUCACCGCGGUCGCGGUCGGGGAGGCGGACGAGAAGCCCGAGUGGCUGGAGGAGCUGCCCUGGAGACGGCGGACGGAGAGCUACUCGGGGUUCAGCCUGCCCUUCCUCCCCUCCGUGCCGUCGUCCGCCUCCCUGAGCCUGCCCGCCAGCCCGCAGGCGAGCGCGGCCACCGUGGGCGCCGUCGAAGGCCUAGAGAGGCGCGGGACCAAGGCGGGCAGCUUCCCCAAGAAGCCCGCCCCCUAGCCGGAGGCCACGCCCACUUCCCCCGGGGAGCGACUCCGUCCGACCAAUGGCGGCCUCGGAGCCUGUCUGGGGGCAGGAGUCAUUGGCUCAGCCGGGGAGGAAGAGGAGGGGCGUGCGGGAAAGCUUACCUAGCAACCGGUGACGUCACUCAGCGGGCGCCACCGCAGGCUCGCUCCUCUCUUGGAACAGGAGCGAUUCUACGUUCAGGGGGGACCCCUCUCCGCUCUGAGACUGGAUAACCCGGAAGAAGAGCCAACUGGCCUGCUCACAGGGCUGGGCCUGAGGCCCCCUUUCCUCCCUGUGAAGUGGGAGCACCCUGGGGGCCUGAUGGGGAGGGCCAUCCCAGGACUUUCCAGGACCUGACUCCCCAGUUAUGGAGACAGACACCCCCAACCCCAACCUCCACCACCCAGCUGGGGGGCCGCCCUCUCAGAACCCGGG